AUGGGAGCGACAAGGAAGCUUCAAGGAGAGAUCGACCGGGUGCUUAAGAAGGUCCAAGAAGGGGUAGAAAUAUUCGACGGCAUAUGGAAUAAGGUGUACGACACGGAGAAUCUGAAUCAGAAGGAGAAGUUCGAGGCGGACCUGAAGAAGGAGAUCAAGAAGCUGCAGCGGUACCGCGACCAGAUCAAGACAUGGAUCCAGUCCAGCGAAAUCAAAGACAAGAAGGCGUUGCUGGAUGCGAGGAAGCUGAUAGAGCGGGAGAUGGAGCGGUUCAAAGUGUGCGAGAAAGAGACCAAAACGAAAGCCUUCAGUAAAGAGGGGCUCGGCCAACAGCCAAAGACGGACCCGAGGGAAAAGGCCAAAUCGGAGUCUCGUGAUUGGUUGAAUCAGAUGGUGAGCGAGCUGGAGUCGCAGAUUGACGGGUUCGAGAGCGAAAUGGAGGGGCUGCAAGUCAAGAGGGGCAAGCAGCGCCCGCCACGCCUGAUGCAUCUGGAGGAGUCGAUCACGCGGCACAAGGCGCACAUCACACGCCUGGAGAUGAUUCUGCGGCUGAUGGACAACGAUGAGCUGAGCCCCGAGCAGGUCACAGACGUGAAGGACCUUGUGGAGGAUUACGUUGAGAGGAACCAGGACGACUUUGAGGAGUUCUGUGAGCCGGACGAUCUGUAUGAGUCGCUGCCUCUGGAGAAGAUGGACGCACUCGAGUCGCUGGAGUCCGUGCCCAUCGUGCCGCAGGCCAUUGUGGUCAAGGAGAAGGCUGCUGUCGCUGCUGCCUCGGGGCUUGCACUCCCCAAGUCCAUCCUCACCGCCUCCUCCCUGCCGAAAUCGGGACCAUCCGGAACACUCGCGCAUCCCUCACCCCCCUCUGUCUCGUCAGACACAUCUGACUCUGUCGCUACAGAUGACUCCUCCUCCACUCAUAGCUCCUCCCGCGCUGCUGCUGCUGCCGCCGCCGCCGCCGCUACAGCCGCCCCCCUCCCCGCCACCAUCACCACCUCCUCUGCUGCCUCCUCCCGUGCUACAGCCGGCCGACCUAGGUCCAUCACUUCUCCUCCUCCUCCGUUUGCCGUUUCCGGGGCAGCCGCACCUGCCGGACCUGCAGGUUCGGCCGUGCCUAGCUACUCCCACGCUGCAGCUGGCGGGGUGCAGCAGCAAGCAGGCGAAGCAGCCGCAGCAGCAGCAGGGGCAGGGUUGUUGCCUGGAGUCGGGGUGGCUGCUAGUCAGUCUGUCCCAGGGAGUAUCAACGGAGCUGUAGUUGGUGUUAAUGGCACUAAUGGACUGGCCACAAGACCUCCCUUGCUCUCCGUGGGCUCUUCUCCUGUCCCUCCCUCUACCCUUGCUUCUGGACCCACCCAGUCCAGUGCAGUAAUGUCCACUGGCCUUGCUCCGGGCGGCCUCGUUCGUCCGUUUGCAGCCGCAGCAGGUGGGGCACCAGGUGCCUCGUCAGGUGCUGCUGAUGCCGCCACCGCAGCAACGGCAACGCCAGGCGCGUCCAUCCUUUCAUCCGGCCUUCCCGGAGCAGCAGGCUCGGCGGCAGGCCUCGGAGUCGGCUCGGUGGGAGGCUUGGCGCCGCCAGGUUCGGCAGGCACAGGAAUGAUGAUGCCAGGCGUUGGCAGCGUGGGAGGGGUGGGACAGGGAGGGGUGGGAGCAGGGCUGGGAGCAGCAGCAGCGAAUGUGCUGAGUGCUCAGCAGAGGAUGUUCAAUGCGGUGGGGGCACAGUGGAGGCCGGGCCUUCCCAGUUCAGCUGCUUUCCAGCAGCUGCAGGGAGGGGUGGCUGCAGCUGAUGGUUCCGGGGGUCUGUCUUCUCUACCUGCUGGGGUCCGUUUCCCUCCUGGGUUUCAACGCACUGAAAUUGCGCCGGACCAGAAGCAGAGGUACAUCACCCGGUUUCAACAGGUGCAGCAGCAGGGGGUCACCGCUGCUGUCAUGGCUGCCGCUGCUGCUGCCGCCGCUGCUGGCGCCGGCUCGGCAGCAGGUUCGGGAGCGUCCCUUGCUGGUUCGACGUCGGCUGGGAACUUGUCGUCUCCGUUGCUGGCCAUGCAGCAACAUCCGGUGCAACAGCAGCAACAGCAGCAACAGCAGCAGCAGCAGCAGCAGCAGCAGCAGCAGCAAAUGGGGCACAUGGCAGGAGCAGGGGCAGUAGGCCCCUCUAUGCUGCCCUCUGCCUCCCAAUCCUCCUUCCCCCAACCAUCCUCCUCUGCCCCACCAACCAUCACCGCUUCUCUCCCUGCAAAUGCCCUCUCGUCCGCCACAGCUGCUGCUACAGCCGCCGGAGCCGGUGCUUUUGCUGGUGCAUCGCUCUCAGCACCAGGGGUCAUCGGAAGAAAGCAAGGCGGUGCAGGGAUGGGUGACGCAGGGCCGGUUAGCGACCCCAUGUCUCUAGCCGCUGCUGCUGGUUCUGGAAGCGCAGCUGGAGCAGGAGGAGCAGCAGCAGGAGCGGGAGCAGUGGGAGCAGUGGGGGCAGUGGGAGCGGGAGGGGUGGGCCAAGGAGGAGGAGGAGGAGCAGCAGCAGCAGGGGCGCCGGUGGAUCAUGCACUGAAUCUCGCCCUGCUGGAUUCUUCCUUUGGAAACUUGCCACAGCCCAAGGACUCGGAACGACCGAGGGCCUACAUUCCGCGGAACCCUGCCAUCACGCCUGCCAGCUACCCGCAGGCGCCAGCAGCAGUGUUGGAGCACCCAGGGCUGUGGGAGCGACUGGACAUGGACGUGCUCUUCUUCGCCUUCUACCACCAGCAGGGCACGUAUCAACAAUACCUGGCCGCGCGUGAGCUAAAGAAGCAGUCGUGGCGGUACCACAAGAAGUACAACACGUGGUUCCAGCGGCACGAGGAGCCCAAGCUCACCACCGAUGACUAUGAGCAGGGCACCUACGUCUAUUUUGACUUCCACAUCGUGCAUGACGACUACCAGACCGGAUGGUGUCAACGGAUCAAGACGGAGUUCACAUUUGAGUACAGCUACUUGGAGGAUGAGCUGCCUGCUGCUUAA